GGUUGUUGUCGACAUGUCGAAAUAUCAGUCGACAUAUCGAAAUAGAGAAUAAACAAAAGCGGCUGCCGGUCAUGCGAUCAAAGUAGCAAAAAAGUUCUUCAGGUUUUAGAGAGAGAUUUUGGUGACCCAAUAAUUUUCAUUAAAAAAAAAAAAAAAAAAGGAACACUACAAUUUCCCACUUCAGAUUGAAUCCAAAUUUCACGAAUUUUUUUUUAGAAAUUUUGAAUGGAGAGAGAUUUACAGAAAGUCGUCUUCUGAAUUUGUUUAUUCGAUUUCCCUCAAUUUCAUGGCGUUCUUGUUUUUUCCAAAACCCUAGUAAUCAGUAGCAUCUCCCAUCUUCCCUCUCCAUACUCUUCACUGGGUAUCUCGAAUUUUCCCCCAAUUUUUCGAUUUCGGAGCAGUCAGCAUGAAGGACGGGAAAACUAUGAAGGUCAAUUCUCAGUUGCAGCAUCAGAAUGGUCACUUGCCACCCUUCAAAUUGGCUAGAUUGUUCGAUCCAGAGACUUCAUGGGAUAAGGAUCAACUAGGAGAUGUGUUGCAUUGGAUGAGACAGUCGGUUGCUCUUGUAUGUGGGCUGCUUUGGGGCUCCAUACCUCUGGUUGGAGGAAUUUGGUUCAUCUUAUUCUUGGUGAUAUCAACCACGAUGAUAUAUGGAUAUUAUGCAAUGAUAUUGAAGGUAGAUGAAGAAGAAUUCGGUGGUCAUGGAGUUCUCCUCCAGGAAGGGCUGUUUGCUUCCGUAACUCUGUUUCUGCUUAUGUGGACCCUCAUUUAUAGCUUGGGACACUUCUGACAAUGGUUUUGUCAACGUUCUCGAAAUCGGCCAAAGCAUCGGUGGAGAGGUUGGUCGCCAUUGUUGCUUGCUCUUUUAUUAGUGAAUGUGCAGUACCUUACUGUUAAGGAGUGAAAACGCUUUUAGAAGUGGAUUAAUUUCAUUAGGAUUACAAUUAACCAAAGUUUAGAAAUUAUUUACUCUGUUAGAUCCAAUCCAAUCUUAAAUCAAUAAAAUCUUUACCGAAAUGUCGUUUUUUUUU